AUGGUUUCCUGUCCUAUCUGUCAGAAAUCUGUCGCUCAGUUGAAGAUUAACGAUCAUCUUGAUUCCGGCUGUCAGAGUUUCGUUGAAGAACCGUCUUCGUCCCCAGUCGAGCUAUCCGCCUCUCAGAGAGCCGUCCCGAGUAUAUUCCAACCUUCGUCCGCACGCAAAGCCUCCCAAUCCAGUAUCCCAAAAGAAUCUCCAUCUCGCAGUAUACCCACUCCACGCCCAAACGGCAAGCGAUCGUUCACACAAGACACUCCAACACGAGAGAAUGGUGCAAAGGAACCCAAUGGAGAUCAGGUGGAGCCGCAGGCCAAACGUCCAAAAGUCAAUGCUUUCCAAAGAGCAGCUCCGCUUGCAGAACGGAUGCGCCCCAAGAAACUUGACGAAGUCUGCGGCCAAGAACUAGUCGGUUCUUCCGGGGUACUCCGUGGGCUUAUCGAACAAGACCGGGUCCCGAGCAUGAUUCUUUGGGGAAGCGCCGGCACAGGCAAGACAACCAUUGCGCGAGUGAUCGCAUCUAUGGUCGGCAGUCGAUUUGUGGAAAUAAACAGUACCAGCAGUGGAGUUGCCGAGUGCAAAAAGAUCUUCGCUGAAGCCCGGAGCGAGCUUGGUCUCACGGGCAGAAAGACCAUCAUUUUCUGCGACGAGAUCCAUCGAUUCUCCAAAUCACAACAAGACGUCUUCCUUGGUCCCGUGGAGAGUGGCCAAGUGACUUUGAUCGGUGCUACUACCGAAAAUCCAUCCUUCAAAGUCCAAAAUGCCCUGCUCUCCAGAUGCAGAACAUUUACCUUAGCAAAACUCACCGAUGAGGACAUCGUCUCUAUUCUUCAACGUGCUUUGAGAGUAGAAGGGCCGAACUACAACCCAUCGGAGUUGGUUGAUGACGAGUUGAUUCGAUAUCUAGCCCGAUUCGCGGAUGGGGAUGCUCGGACCUCGCUCAAUCUCCUGGAAUUGGCAAUGGAUCUUUCCAAAAGACCGGGUAUCACCACAGAUGAUCUCAAACAGUCUUUGACCAAAACCUUAGUGUAUGAUCGUGCCGGUGACCAGCAUUAUGAUACAAUCUCUGCUUUUCACAAAUCUCUUCGAGGCAGCGAUCCAGAUGCGGCCCUAUACUACCUGGCGCGCAUGAUCCAGUCCGGUGAAGAUCCUCUAUACAUUGCUCGACGAUUGAUUGCCGUCGCUUCCGAGGAUAUUGGCCUAGCAGACAAUAGUAUGCUCACACUAGCAAUCUCCACACACUCUGCUGUAGAGAAAAUCGGACUCCCCGAAGCAAGAAUCAAUUUGGCUCAUGCAACUGUCGCCAUGGCGUUGUCGAAAAAGAGCACACGGGCAUAUCGUGGACUGGCCAACGCCUUUGCCGCUUUGGAUGAACCUGGCAUUGCAGGCCUGCCUAUUCCUAUUCAUCUCAGGAAUGCACCGACCAAGUUGAUGAAGGAACUAGGGUAUGGCAAGGAGUAUAAGUAUAAUCCAAAUUAUGUGGAUGGCAAGGUUGAACAAGACUACCUCCCAGAGGAGAUUCUCGGCCGUAAAUUUCUGGAGGAUUUGGAUCUUGGUACACAACGAGAUCCAGCUUUGUACAGUACCACGCGCAGGGGCAAUUGA